UGUGUGUGUGUGUGUGUGUGUGUGUGUGUGUGUUCGUGCUCUUGCUUUCCUGGAAGCUCGUCUGUGAGGUAUCGGUUUUGGGUUAAUUCUCUCUUCCGUGUCGCUGCCUUCUCUCUACCGGCGUUUUCAAAAAGCAGGGAGGCCGAGAGGGCCCGUCCAUUUCAUGUGGCAGCAGCAGCUUCCCACCAACAAACCUGCGGCGUCACUGUUUACUAACACGCUUAAAUGAAGCCUCUUGAACGCUGAUGGCGUGAUCAUAGUGAUGCAUAUUCAUGCUUCAGAUGUGGCAAACCUGAGAGGGAAAAGCCAGUCAUCUUUCCUUUCUUGGAAUUUGUGAAACGGUGUCUUUUUCUGAUGACCUGGCGGAGGUGUGUGUGUGUGAGGUGUGUGUGUGUGUGUGUGUGUGGGGGGGGGGGGGUCAGCUUCCUCUCCCCUCCACACCGAGCUGCAAGUUUGUGUUGCUGCUCAGUGUUGAACCAGGAAGCACCAAAUGACCCCAAAACGGUGUGAUUUAAAGCUGCAUGUAGUUGUGUGGUUUUAUGGUGAUGCAGCGAGGUGGAGACGGAUGAGUCGACGGCUUCUUGGCUUGUGGGAGGAGCUUGUGGGCGGUGAACGCCUCGGAGGCUGAAGUUUCUUUUAAAAUAACGGAGGUGCUCGGUACACGCCUCCCUUCUCGUGCAGAGGCGACGGAUGCACAGACCAGUUUGUGCACCAUGAGCGGUGAGCAGCAGAGCUACCCGUUCCCUCAGGUGUUCCUCGUGGACGGCGGCGGACCGCAGCACUCCGCCCAGCAGCCGAGCCUCGUGCCAUGCUGGUCCUUCCCGCCGGCCCAGGAGAGGGCGAGGCCCCGGGGGAAGAGCCGGGGCUGCAUGGGGGUCGGACCCGGCGCGGCCCUCGUCGUCUUGAUGCUCUUCCUGCUCGUGUUCGUGUCCCUGGGCUUCGAGGCCUACCAGAUCCACAACAUGCAGGUGGAGAUGAGGGAGAUGAGAAAGGUUACGACACCGGCGGCGGCGGCGGCGGCCGAGUUCCAGACGCCUCAGAAACAGAUCGCUCACCAAGCCGAGGUGAACCGAGAAGACGACGACGACGAAGAGGAGGACCGACCAGCAGCACACGUGAUCGGGCGGAUCGAAACCGAGAAAUUCCCGCGGACGCUGCGCUGGGAGCCGCUGGCGGGCCGGGCGUUCACCGCCGGCGCGGUGGAGUACCGGUUCGAGGACGGCGCCCUGCAGCCCAACGAGAGCGGCCUCUACCACGUCUACUCGCGGGUGGAGCUGAUCUUCAAGGACUGCUCGCCCUCGUCCUCGUUCGUGCACUCGGUGUUCGUGAGGCGGGGGGGGGGGGGCCGCUCGUCACCUUUGACCCUGAUGGAGGCCCACCGGGAGGGCUUCUGCUCGCAGCAGCGGGGCCACGCCUGGACCGCGGAGAGCUACCUGGCCUCCGCCCAUCAGCUGCAGAGGGCCGACAGGGUUUUUGUGAACGUGUCGCACCCCUUUUAUCUCAGUCAUUCACAUUACGCCAACUUCUUCGGUCUCUACAAGAUCUGAGGGUGUGGGUGUGGGUGUGGGUGUGUGUGUGUGUGUGUGUGUGUGUGUG